CCGCGCCCGGACAGCGCGGGCAGCGAGGGGCCCGGCCCGGGCAGCGCCGGCCGCUCCGCCCGCAUCCCCCGCAGCCCGGACGGGCCUGCCGGGCCGGGGCUGGGAAUCGAGAACCGGGGACUGAGAGCCGCGCUCCGGGGCCGCGAUGGAUCUGGCGGAGGCGCUCCCUCUCGGGGAGCUGGCGGCCGCCUUCGCCGCGCUGCCGGUGUUCCCGCUGUUCGACACCGCCUAUUUCAUCAUCUCCGUUCUCUACCUCAAGUACGAGCCCGGAGCCGUGGAGAUGUCCCGGAAGAGCCCUUUUGCCUCCUGGCUCUGUGCUAUGCUCCACUGCUUUGGGAGCUACAUCCUGGCUGAUCUGCUGCUGGGAGAGGCACCCAUUGCCUACUUCAGCCACAACUCCAGUGUCAUCCUGGCCACAGCAGUGUGGUACCUGCUAUUCUUCUGUCCCAUGAACCUCUUUUACAAGUGUGUCAGCUUCCUGCCCGUGAAGCUCAUCCUGGUGGCCAUGAAGGAGGUGGUUCGGGUGCGCAAGAUCUCAGCUGGGGUGCACCACGCCCACCACCUCUACCACCACGGCUGGUUUGUCAUGAUGGCCACAGGAUGGCUCAAAGGUUCUGGUGUGGCCUUGAUGUCGAACUUUGAGCAGCUGCUGCGUGGGGUCUGGAAGCCUGAAACAAACGAAAUUCUUCAUAUGUCCUUCCCUACAAAGGCCAGUCUGUAUGGCACAGUCCUCUUCACUCUGCAGCAGACUCACUGGCUCCCCAUCUCUGAAGCCAACCUCAUCUUCUUUUUCAGCAUGUUCAUGAUAGUCUGCAAGGUUUUCAUGACGGCCACUCACUCCCACGCCUCGCCUUUUGCUCCGCUGGAAAACCUCAUCUGCCCAGUCCUCUUUGGCUCUGUCUCCAGUGGGCACCCAAGCCACCACCACGACCACCACGAGGUUUCCCACCCUCCUCCUCCUCCUGCCAAGUCCAAAGAGGAGCUGAAUGAAGGCACGAGGAAAAGGAAGGCAAAAAAAGCUGAGUAAAAAAGCAACGGCGCAGAAAAUAGGCCAAGAAAAUUCUUCCAGAGCUGAGUCUCAAAGCCACCUGUGACCUCCUUUAUGCUCCAGUCCUUCUCUCUCAGACUCCAGAGGAGAGGUGGAAGCCAGGACACUGCCAGCUGGGUCCCUGAAUUUCAUUUUUGCUCUCUGUGCUGCUGCUUGCUUCUUGGUCUCUGCCUCUCUCUUCUGAUCAGAUGUUCAGGGAUUUGUAGGUUUGUGCCAGGGUGGUAAGUGGGUGCCACUUCCCAAACUGUCAGCAAAUCUGAUGCAGCAUUUUCAAUUGAUGUAAAAUCUUUCACUGUGUUUAUUUAUGGAUGGGGGGAAUGGUUUGUGCCCCUGCAACUCUUUAAGUUCCUUUGAAUUUUCACUGACCUUUUCAGUGUCUGCCAAAACAACAAAGUGUUAAGACACAAUGUGGAAAUCAGGUUUCAUACUCGAGGAAAUUAGAUGGCCUGGUAUGAGCCUGCUCUGGUUUUUCCCAGCUCCCACACCUGCCAUAUCUCCAAGUAAUGUGACAUUUUAAAUGCAAUAAGGACAUGGCCUUUGAGCCAAACCCUGUUCAGCUCAGUUCCCUCUGAUUCUGAUGGUCAGGACAUUGUAUUUGCUCAGCCAAGUCUGUGUUUGCAAGAGCUCUGAAGCUGUGAAGUGCUCCCAGUGCCACGUGUUGGCACUGUCACCAUCCUGGGCUGUGUGUGGCAUUGCUGAGUCCCCCCCCAAACCUCAUCCUCUUGAACCAGGGGAGAAGCAUGGCUCUGGUUUGUUUGUAAUCCUGUGGGAUACAGGAAGAGUGUGUGUGAGUGUAAGUAUUUAUUACUAUUUAUUUAUAAUUGCCAGGGCACCUAAGGCAAUGACCUGAAUCUGGCUUUUUUAUGACAUUGCAAUUGGAACUUCUAAUUGUUGAUCCUGGUGUGCUCCAGGACAGCCUGAACACUCCUUGGCUGCAGGAAGAAACCUUUCCAAUAUUUUUAAAUUCACAGAGAAAGGCUGAAGCAGGGCAUUUCACACCAGCUGAUGAAAACCUACCUUAAAGGACUGAUAAAAGCACAUCAGCUGAAAAUCCUGAUUGCCUUCUGUAGGUCCCCUGGGGCCAAACUGCUGGGCUGUGGAUGCAGCUUGUGCCCAGUGAGUGAAGAAUCUGAACUGCCUGGCUCAGGAGGGGUCUGUCAGCUCAUGAGUGAACACUGGCUUUUAGAGUAGUUCAAAGCUGUUCUUCGAACUGAUUUUGUUCUUAUCAAUGGCAUCUUCCAAGGGCUGGGAUCACCACAGGGAGAGUGGCAAGCCCGGGGAUGUAGCCCUGGGCAUUUUCCAUCCCUGGCACUGAGGUUUGCUGCUGGGAAUGCAGACAGGAUUGGAGAGCAGUGAGGGUUUGUGUGUGUGUGUGUGUCCCUGUUCCAAACUGCAGCUGCUGGUUUAUUCAAGAUAAGAAACCCUCCUUGUGUGCAAGCAGGGGAAAGCCAGGAGGAAAGGUCAGAUGUGUGGGUUUGGGGUUUGACAGUGCCUUAAUGUUGUGAGUUUCCCUCCCCUUCAGCAGAGAGCAGGAAUUCUGCUGUCAGCUCUGGCUGCUCCUGCAGAUGCUGCUCUGCUGGAUCCUGAUGUGUCACGAGCAUGCACAAGACUGAAUAAAUGUUUUAAGAGAUGUCUGAUCCAAGGGGAAUUUUGUUUUAUAAAAGCUGUCAACAAAUAAAAAUCGUGAAGUGACUCUGA